GAAAGUGUCAGAAAAAUUUCACUCUCCGACCGAGAAGGUCCAAUUUUCGUCGUGUUCGGUUCCGCGCCGUGAAUUCGAUCCAGUUUUGUUUGUUUUCGUUACGUCUCAUCUGGUCAUUUUUCCAUGGUCCAGCAGUCGGUGUUAUCGAAAUAAAGAUCAAACGAAUCGGCUUAGCACGCGAGUUUUCCGAAAAACGCGAAAUUUCCAAUGGUGAUUACGACGUCAGACGAAUUUUGAAAUUCGUGAUCAAAGAGAAAAAUGGCCGAUUCGGACUGGAAGAGCCGUGUGGGGAUUGACAUCAAUUUUAGUUCUGGCGACGAGGAGGACGACGAUAGCAGCAGCACCGUGGUAAUUCCAUCUUUUGACGAUACGGAUUUUGUUGGCGGCUCCAACUCGCUAGAAUUCGAAGAGACUCUCCGAGCAUCAUCGGUAGACGACGUACUCAGUCAGUACGAACAGUAUGGUAGUACGCCACCAAGGACGAGAAUAAAGAAUAAAAGCAGAAGUUCCAGACAAAGAAUGGAGGGUGCCGUAAAGAUGAGAACCGGAGGACGACUAGCGCGGCCACGUGCUGAUCGACGGAAUACCGUCGAUUGUGCAAUUCUGAACCAGUUAAUAAUGGAACCGAAUGGGGAAGAGAAAGCACGCAGUGACAAGAGAUCAACUCAAUUACUACGUGACUCGGAGCGUGAGAUAAAAAUGGCAGCUGCAGUAAAUACAGUAUUUACAAGAAAUUCGGUUAAUUUUGGCCCGACAGUUGGUUCGAUUGAGGAACGAGCAGAAAGUAUGCCAAUUACGAAUGUUACUACAGGAAUAUCUCCGGCUGUGGUUCCAGCGUUGAUAGAAUCGUGUAAUCGUUUUAUGAGCGUCAAGUCACGACCCAUAGGCUGCAGAACGUCUGCUCCACCGUCUGCCUUUGCCAACUUCAGAGAUUGUUCGAUGAAUUCUGCAACAACAGAUAUACCUCAGAAUCGGAUUACAUUCCAUGAUACUUUUUCCAAUCUGAUUAAACUCGGCAGCAUCGACAAGGAUCGGACUAGUAGAAACGUAAUCUCAACAGAAGAAAGGCUCUGGCAGACGCAUGCCAACGAUUUAAUAUGGCUAGAGCUACAAGCGUGGCACGCUGAUCGAACCGUUGAACAGCAGGACAAAAUUCUUUGUCAAGCUAGAAAUGAGAUAGAUGCGUUAUUAGAAGAAAUUAUGAACUUCCGUUUUCAGCGCCAUCUUGCCAGAAUGAACAGUGAUUUAAGCUUAGCCGAUAGUGGAUUUGGAUCUGAUGCAACAGCUUCAACGGCUAAUGUGGAUUCUGCUCCCAAAUUUUGCUUCGGAUGUUUGUCAAUGUAUUGUAAAGAUUGUUUAGAAAUUCAAACAAUCGCGCUCAAACAAGUUGAGGACCUGUUGUUGCGGUUAGAGUCCAAAGAAAGUCUGUUCCCUUCGUCCAAAGCUAUGGGGGUGUCUUUUCCCAUUUACCAAAGCGAAGAAUUCGUUGGGAGAGUUAAAGCGAUGUGCUUGUGGUAUAACAUGACCAAGCAACACAGACUAACUUUACUUAUUUUGGGCAAGCUGUUAGCUCGACUUCAAGGCAACAGAAAGUCAUACCACUGGCCUAUAAUGGAGACUGAUAGUUCAACCAGCUCCUCUAUUCAAGAGGAGAACGGUGAUACAGGUGAUAAUGGACAUCCUGAGCCAGGUUGUUCCACGUCUGGUAGCUGUAAUACCAGACGAGUUCAGUUUAUCGACGAGGGUAGUGCCUCGGAAAGUGCAAACAGCGAUGAGUCAGGCCGUGAAUACUCAGACAUCGAAGAUUUAUCCAUCAGGCGACAUUUCUCCUUCACUGGGGAAACAGAGAUGAGUCAAUACAUGAAUUCGUUGAACUUCUACAGCGUAAAUUCUAUAACGGAAGUUACCUCACAUACUGCAAACAAUUCAACGUCUCUGUAUCGAAAGUAUAUUGAGAAUGUGUUGAAAACCAGAGGAUUAGGCAAGUCUCUCACAUUUCUGCACCGUUUACAUAAUGUUGUGUUGCGAAAAGCUCAGCUGACACUGGAGAAACCGGGUACACAAGAGCACGAAGACGAUUAUUUGUUCGUCGAAGAGGACAUACCAUGUAUCGAACCACCCCUUGAAAAGGUCCAAGAGAUUGAACUGCGCCGUUACGGAGCUUGGAGCGAUGAGGCUAAAAAAUUGAAUCUGCCUUCGUAUGUUUCGGCCUUCAUCUUUUUAUCACUUAUCCCAUUAGAAGUGAUUCAAGAGUUCCUCAAGAUGCGGUUGGAAACAAAACCAAUGCAACCGAAUCCGCUAAGUCUUGAACAACACAUCAAAGAGCUCAAGGAAGGUCUUACUUUGGCCAUGAUUCAUCGCGAUCGUUUUCAAAAGCACAUCAAUACAGCGCUUUAUGAGCGGGAGUCAGAGUUGGAGAGAUAUAUGACUGUUUUGGAAACAUUCGACGGUACAGUCAAGAAUAUCUUUGAGCUGUACUUGGAAUUUGCUGAGCAGUGGAUAUUAGUGGCCACACCAGAAUGCCACCAAAAAUCAGCAUUGGACGAAGAAUGGCGUUUUACGAAGCUUGUUUGUCCAAUGAUUCCUGGACAACAUGCUGCCGCUGCCAAACGGUUUUGUAAUAUUGUAGAGAAAGUCCUAGAAAAUACGGGUAGGAAAAUGUAUUCACGCUUGCGUGAUUUGGAAGACCAGAUCAAAUUGAUCGACAAAAGUGAUAGGGAUAAAGGGGAUAGGAAAUUGCAGUUUUUGGCGUUAUGCCGUGAAACUCAAGAUGUGUUCACAUUUGCGCGUGAGAAAACUAUGAAAACGAUGGCUUUUACGAAAGGACUGUUUCGUGAUCUGGAAAAUGUUGACUUCCAUCGAGACCAUUGUUAUGAGUGUGAUGAGGAUUCUUACGAUGGUGUUGUGUUGAGGAAUUCCGCAACGCAUAGAAAGAGCCCAGUGUGCCAAGAAGUAGUGGAUAGUUUACGAUUGCUGAAGAAAAAUGCCUUACUGUUUAGAAACAAGCUAACAACUGUGAUCGAGAAUUUACAGAACGAGUGUCAUGUUCGUAAUAUGGCCGAUAUGGAUGAAAAUGACCGUAUUGCUGUGCUAUCCAGAACACGUGAAAUUUUGCACCAAGGGUACAAAUUUGGUUUCGAGUACCACAAGGAUCUGGCUAGGCUCUACGAAGCGAGAGCAGAAAACUGUCGAGAUCUAGAAAGUGAACUCAAGUUAUCUACUGCAAUCGUUCACUUUGCUAAGCUAUGGAUGAAGUUUGUGAUGGAGCGUUGUGAGCGUGGACGUGGACUACGGCCUCGAUGGGCCAAUCAGGGUUUAGAGUUCUUGAUCUCUGCUUGUGACCCGCAGUGUACCAGCCACCUAAGUAAUGCAGAGUUUGAAGAUCUCAAAUCUAAGAUGGAUGCAUGCAUUUCGCAUGUAAUAGGCAGCAUUCGGGAACCAGAGCGAAUACGUCGAUCACCCCGCUCGAGGAAAAGCUCUCCGUCCCCUUCGCCAACCCAGGGACGGUCUUCAAUUCCGAAUCUUACAUCGACUAAACCGUUCCAAAAUCAGCUCAGUCUACGAGAGGACUCAGUGAUGCUGCGACCACACAAUCUGAUAGAUACGGGGGACAUUUACAGAAAGCAAACGUCAUACGAAGGCGUACAAGAUAUAAAGAUUCGUGUACCGACUGGCUCUUUGAUCGGUACGAAACCCUUACGUCAGCUGCGAGUACGUGACGCUAUCAAUAAACUCGAUAACACGCUAGAUGAAAAGUUACGUUACGGCAAUUUGAUUGGAAGCGUCAAGGAGAUAAGUUACUGUGAUAAGGUGUUGAACCGAGCUCGUAGUGUGAACUUCAGCUGGCAUCGUGGCAUUAAAAUAGGUCAGGGACGUUUCGGUAAAGUGUAUACUGCAGUGAAUAAUUCGACGGGUGAAUUGAUGGCCAUGAAAGAGAUCGCCAUCCAACCAGGAGAGACUAGCGCUAUCCGAAAGGUUGCUGAAGAACUUAAAAUAUUCGAAGGAAUAAAUCAUAGAAACCUAGUCAAGUACUACGGAGUAGAAGUCCAUAGGGAGGAACUGCUCAUUUUUAUGGAGCUGUGUCCCGAGGGAACUUUGGAAAGUUUGGUUGAGCUGAAUGGCGGUCUUCCGGAGCCUCAAACUCGUCGUUAUACGAUACAACUGCUGUCGGGCGUGAAAGAGCUACAUCGUCAUGGCGUUGUGCAUCGAGACAUCAAAACGGCUAACAUAUUUCUUACCAAAGAUGGAAAUUGCUUAAAGCUGGGAGAUUUUGGGUCUGCCGUUAAAAUACAGGCCCAUACCACAAUGCCUGGUGAGCUAAAAGGAUACGUUGGAACGCAAGCUUACAUGGCCCCGGAGGUGUUCACCAAAACCAACAGCGAGGGUCACGGCCGGGCAGCUGACAUCUGGUCCGUUGGAUGCGUGGUUAUCGAAAUGAGCAGCGGAAAGCGUCCAUGGUAUCAGUUCGAUUCCAACUUCCAAAUCAUGUUCAAAGUCGGUAUGGGCGAGUCUCCGGAAAUUCCCGACUGUCUCUCCGAAGAGGGACAUGACUUUGUUGAGUGUUGCCUGCAGCAUGAUCCCAAAGAACGCAAAACAGCUGGCGAACUUCUACAGCAUAACUUUUGCAAGGUGAGCGACGAUAGCAUUGAAGAUCCGGGAGUAAAAGAGAUACGCCGUUCGUUCCGUCGUAACCUACUAUCAUCUUCAUCGGGAAAUGCCUAAUGUUGAGCAGGACCAGUCUCGUUUCGUUUGUAAGAUGCAAAUAGCUGCACGUAAUAGCAUGGAGUCAUUUUUUGUUUGUUGAAACUACACACAAUUACGAGUAUCAUAAAGACUGUUCAGUAUUGAAGCUGUAACGAGCGAUCAAAGGAAAAGGACAUUACUACUUAAUCUCAUGUUGAAAUCAUACUUAUCUAUUGUUUUCGUCGAGCGGACAUAUAAACCAACACACAUACUUGAAGAAUCAUUCCAAAGACUCUUCGGCUAGGAGUCGAUGAAAGAGUGGAGGCGGGCUACUUCAGUUUAGUUCAAUUAAGUAAUUUUAACAACAGUGUUGGGAGAAGCACUUAAACACCCGUAGAUAAUACUAUAAGUGAAAAUUUCAUUCUGUUCAAAGCUUGUUAUUGAUCGUGGAUCGUUAUCCACACAAACAGUACUGUUGCUAGAUUUUAUUUAAAUAUAUACUUACACUACCAAACAUGA